GCUUUUCCCGUGCUGUGCUUUUAUGAUGGUGUGAAGCAGCCUCUCAUGGAUCGGAGAAGCGAAGACUGGCUCCGGCACCAUCAGUCUGAUAUGCCACAUGCUGAUGGCUGUGAGGACGGAGGAUACCAGGGUCCAAGGAGCUACAGAAACCACUUGUGCAUGGAUACCGCCAGCGAUUUAUGGAGGCAGCGUGAGUGUCAUGAGGGAAGACAAAGACAGGAUUGCAGAGCCUAUGAGAACAGAGCCUAUGAGCCUGAGACAUAUGCUUGCGUGGAUGACAAAGGGAUGAGAGAUAGUGAUCACUAUCGAGAUAGUGAUUGCUAUCAAGAUAACGAAUGCAAAGAGCAGCAUACUGAAGGAUGGUAUGGCCGAGAAAGUGCCUACGAGGGCUACCGUAAUAAUGGUCGAAGCAUGUCACAUGAUCGGCACGGCAACAGCUAUGAUAGUGACUUUUAUGAUGAGCACAAGCAGAGAAAGUUACCAGGACACAGUCAUCAUAUGCAGGGAAGUGGCAACAGUCAACAGAACAUGAUGCAAAGUGAGAUCGGAGAUCAUGAAGUCGACUUUUAUGAUUGUUAUGGUAGCACUCGGAACUGUCCCAGAAGGAAAGUGGGUGACAGUUCUGAUAGAGGCUACAACGCUUGUGGAAGUCGGCGACCAGUAAGGAUGGAUUCUGAAGCACACUACAAGAGAGAUAACAGCUGCUCUUCAACUGCUGAUGAACAUUGGAACGACACAAGAACUUAUAAUUACUGUGGAAGGUUGAACGGAAAGUACAAAGCCGAAGAAAAAUAUGUCAAUGAUAAAAGUGACCUGCACUGCUGGAGGGGUCACCAUCACACAGAAAUGAGAGAGGGCAUGUGUCGCCGUGCGGGGUUGAGUUAUCAUGAGCCUAGCAGCGACAGCUUUAGAGAGCAGAGCUACAAAGAUUAUCGCACAGAAGAUGACUACUCGGAGAGGAGCAGAAAGGAUGCCAACGAGUAUUGUGACAGACAUGAGAGGGAUGACGCUUUCUACAGCCAGCAUAGGAACCAGGAAAGUAGUGACAGCAAAGGACAUUUGUACUAUCAUAAUCAAAGGGCUGAAAAUGGAUACCUUGUACAUCGAAGUUCACAGCAGUAUAUGGAUAGGAGAAAAAGCCCUGUUGAGACUUUUCAUCAACAUGAGCCAUGCAGGAUGGACGCUGAUUUGGUGCAACAGCAGGUAGACCACGACAGCAGUGAAAAUGAACCACAUGUGUACAGAAACAGGGCUUAUGAAGAUGAUGACGUCUACGUUAGUGAAGACAUCUCCCAUACCCAAACUAUGUACCUAAAGGAAAGUAACAGGGAUGAUCGUUUGCAUUACCGUAAACGAAGACCCAGUGAUGACAGCCUUUCAUAUUGUAGUUCACAUGGCUACAUCGACCAAACUCACGCAAACGAAUACAUUGUUGAGGGUCACCGGGGAAAAUUGCAGAGCACUGAUAUGGAAUCCAAAUCGGCACAACUGGAACAAAGUUCUGCUAGAAAACGCCAUGGAAACAGUCUCCCUAAACCCUUCGUUACUCAGAUGCCAGCAGCACGGGAAAAUUCAACAAUUCCAAAGCGAACGCCACUGACACCGACAACAUUUGCUCCCACUGAUGAUGCUGAAGAAGGGCUUCUUGAAAUUCCACGAUGCACAGAAAAUAGCAGACGACAGUCAUUGGGAAGGCAUGCUGGACCCCUUGUAAAUGAAGGGUCAAAGAGGUUUGCCACAAUGAAAAAUGCAAGAAGGAUUGCAGAGGAAAUGGGAAUGGAAGAAGCCAGAGCUGAGGCAAGGGUUGUGGAAGAGCAGGUGGAAGAAUUUUUGGAAGAAUAUGGCGGACAAGUGAAGCGCACAAGUUGGGCUCGGAGGAAUCAACUUCAGAGGUCACCACCGCAAGAAGGGGAGAAAUUUGAUGCCUGGAACUUGAAAAGCUUCAAGGCCAUGAAGAAAGCCUCAGAACUUGGCAGGGAAAUCACAACGUGGCUCACAAUGUGGUCAAGUGCACUUAAAACCAUUGAAGGUCACUUUGGCACUGGGGUGGUGUCAUACUUCUUGUUCCUGCGCUGGCUGUUGCUGCUCAAUCUGCUCAUGUUCCUGCUGCCAGCACUGUUCAUCAUCACCCCACACUGGAUCCUGCCCACUGUGUUUGAGCCAAAUGAAACGGCCUACACUGCAGUUACCACCAUCCCGACUGAUCUGCGAGUGAUGGAAUUGUCGUCAGUGCGGCUGUCUGCACCAAACCUCCUGUCUGCAGCAGAGAUGGACGAUGUCUGGGCAGCUGGCAACCGCACCUUGCCGAAGAUGCAGGAGUGCUACGAUAAGUACCACACACGAGUGGCUGGCCAGACCAAGGGAGGCAUAUCACAGCUCCAGGAUUUUCUUCAGGGAACGGGCUGGAUGGAGCUGACAGCAUUGUUUGCCGGCCGUUACAUCAACUCGGUUGACCACAUAGCGGGCACCAAGCUUCGCUACAACUUCCCCCUGGCCUAUGUGUUGACGAAUGUUGCCUGCUUUGUGCUCUGCUUGCUACUUAUGGUCCGAUACACAACAGCUGGAGUUCGGGAGGCACUGCUAGUGUCGGAAGGGAAGCUGCAUCGAUACUGCAACAUGGUGUUUGCUUCCUGGGACUUCUGUAUCACCGAUGAGCGAACUGCACGACUGAAGCAUGUCAGCAUUGUUCAGGAGCUGAAGAGUGACCUGGCAGAAGAGCGGCGCAGGGCAGAGAUUGCCAGCUGGUCUCGCCGAAAGAAAGUUGGCUUGUUUGUUGUGCGACUUUUGGUCAACCUCUUCGUCGUUGCUGUCAUUGUAGGCUCUCUUUUUGCUGUCUACAAUGCAACUAGCUUUUCAUUUCAGAGGCAAUCUCAGGCGCAGACUACUCAUAAAACCCUUGCAUUGGUGAUUCAAUUCGUGCCGUCAUUGGUAAUCACGGGCCUCAACCUUAUAGUGCCUGCGCUCUUCUCGAAGCUCAUCCGGCUUGAGAACUACUCGGUUGCAUUUCAAGUCAAGCUCACCUUGCUCAGGACAGUGUUCCUGCGCUUCACAUCCAUUUUUGUGCUGCUGCUGUCGCUGUACAAGCAGAUCAACUGCUCUCCUGUCAGGGAGAACAACUGCCUAGAAGGCUACGGGGAUUGCAAGAAGCCAAUGUGCUGGGAAACAGCAGUUGGUCAGCAGAUCUACAAGCUCACUAUGUUGGACUUUAUUGUUGGAGUGACUCUAGUCUUUGUUGUAGAGUGCCCGCGAAAGUUAAUAGUCACUCGUUGUGAGUGCAAACUGGCCAAGGUGAUUGGCCAGCAGGAGUUCAACAUUCCAAAUCGAGUCCUGGAUCUCGUCUACUCACAGACACUUUGUUGGCUUGGGACUUUCUACUGCCCACUCUUGCCUGCGAUCACCUUGAUCAAGUACUUCAUCAUCUUUUAUGUGCAGAAGUUCACGCUGAUGAACAACAGUGCACCAUCUCAGACUCCGUACCGGGCUUCUCGAUCCAACACAUUUUUUGUUAUUGUCCUGCUGUUGGCUCUGUUUCUUGCCGUGAUUCCAUUUUCUUAUGCCCUCGUGGAGAUACAGCCGUCGUUGUCGUGUGGGCCAUUCCAGAAGUAUUUUUUCACGUGGGAGGUAGUGCCUGACCUGAUCAAUUCAUGGAAGGACCACCCCUGGGGAUGGUAUGUGGUCAAGGCUGUGGACUUCCUCACCAGCGUUGCUUUUGGCGUGCCUGUGGUCGUGGUGCUGGCGAUCAGCAUUUACUAUUACUAUUCUGUGGCAGCUGCACAUGCUCACAUGGAAAAGGUCCUCAAGGACAAGCUUGUCCUCGAAGGGAAGGACAAACAGUUCCUUCUUGCCAGGAUUACCGAAGUUGCACGCCAACGACCUUCGUCGACAGCAUAGUCAUGGCCACAAGUAUUUGAUGUGACCUGUUCACACCAAAGCUUGUUUGGUACCACCAUGUUUUUCCGCACUCCAAAUUGCCCUGACGCUGUUGUCACAUAUCUCAGCCUUGAAUGCAGUGACAGCUGCAGUUAGAGAGCCUGGCAGUGCCUGUGGUGAACUCGCAGCUGAACUGCAUCCUGUGCGGCAGUGGCAUUUCGGAGGAAACUUUAUCUUGGGAUCAGCUCUCAUUUUUCUAUUCAGAUAUGAUGAAACCUCCAUAUAUUGAUUACGGAUAUAAUUAAUUAUUGGAUAUAACGAUAAACAACAUAUUUCUUGCCAAUAAUAGUGUGUAGUGAACAUAUGCUUAUAACAAAUUUAAGAUGUAAGAGAGUUACUUUUGUGGCAGAUCCAACUUGGUUAUAACGAGUUUUAAUUGUACCUGUGAAACAUAAAAAUGCUUUCACUAGGCAACUGCCGAGCCAACUGGAAUGAAUUUUUUUUUGUAUUUAACGAACAUUAAUUCUGUGAGCUGUAAAAGCGAAAAUUUUGUUUACGGCCUCAAUGCUUCUACAAAAAUUACUGAAAAUCGGUAAAAAAAAAAGCGAAGCACAAUGUUUACAAAUUUUUAACGUUGCACCAGAACCAGAUAUUGCGGUUCUAUAAACUGCCUAUGUUACAGCAUCUGAAUCGGACAAAUAUUAUAUACGAGUCUAUAGCUUAUGUGACAGUGCUACAAGGUUUACAGGGAUUUGGUUAAACCCUGCUCACAAAUUGGUGGCAUAUUUUAGAGGGGUGUAUAAUAUUGUGCCAAUUUUCUCUGCUUUGGAUGUCUCAAUGCGUGCAGUUUAUAGAACUGUGAUAUCGUUUUUUUAUUGCCGAGUUACCAAGUUUUAAACUUGAUGCUUGUGUUUUUUUAUAAUUUUGCAAUUUUCAACGACUUUCAUAAAGAAAUAAUGACGUAAAUAAAAGAUCUGCUUCUUACAAUCCAUAGAUAUUUACUUUCUCCUAUAAAUGCAGCCAACCUCACCGAAUUCGGUGCUGUGGAAGCUGAGAAAAUCGAUUUCCUCAUUCCCAUGCAUUUGCAUAGGAGCCCCCAGAGCUCAAGCUACCUCGUAAGCCUUCAACGAUUACUUAAAUUGAUUGCUUACGUUAUUUAUCACAAUUUGUUUUAGCAUUGUGUUUUAUGCAAGUUCCAUAUGGUAGACAUGAGCUGCUGCAACUGUUCUUUGAGCGUGCAGCAGUGGGUGACUUGUUUACAAGAGUGCCAUGCAAUUAAGUCUAAUCUCUAUCUAUAGCUCUCUGGCAGAAGUGAAUCGUUUUGUACAAUAUGAUUGAGAGCACAUUGAUGAUUUUUGUUGUCUGCUAGGCAGAUCAGCCACAUUGCAUCAGUAGCUGUGAACCAGCCAACUUUGUGUGGUAUGUCUGUGGGAAGUUGCUUGAGCCUACUUUCCCGAAUGACUGCUACAUCUUUUGCGAACAGCACUUCGAAACAGUGUGUGUUCAGCAUGCCUUGAGCUGGGGAAAACUUGUUCGCUGCUUAGGUGCAUUCUGUGCUUAAUUUUAUUACACACUAUAGUGUGGCCUAUCUUUGGAUAGUCUUACAAACUCCUUGUUUGCUUUGAGAGGUUGUGAUUGUUUAUUCCUUUCAAGCAACCCUAUUCAAGUUUGUGCCUUAAAGGGACGCUAAAGGCAAAUACCAAGUCGAGCUAAAGUGAUAGAAUAGUGCUCAAGAAUCUCUCAGGCAUCAAUAUUAUCCUUAAUAUUCGAGCCUUAAUAUUCGAGAAAUCGAGGUAAAUGCAGGACUUGAUUAAAGACUCCCCCAGAACAUUCAAGCACUUGCCCGAUGACAAAAGCAUUCCUCAGUUAAAUUCUGUAUGUAGACCUCAACUGCUCAUUGCAAAAACAUCCUCGUAUUGUUUUAUAAGAUGAAAUAAAAUGCUACUUGUCCCGUUCCAUUUCAUGUUUAGAAAAAAGAACUCAUUGAAAUUACCGUUGACAACGAUGCUGGUGGUCGAAAGGUUUCAUUUUCGCUGGACUUUGCGUCAGCCAUGCUUUCGCGUUUCAGUACUUACCUGAUUGUGUAGUGCUGCGCUGGUUUUGCUGGCUUGCGAAAACUGCAAGUAGCAGAGGAUUCAACUUCCAUGUGAUGUCGCGGGAUGCCCCAACGGUCUACGCCACUUGACCAAAAAGCAGUUGCAGCGGCAAAUCCACUGCUCUGUCUUGGCUCGGUGCCGCCGUCUGUUGGGCGUCGUUUUACUCACCAAUGGCAGCAAAAGGUGGGGGUGACGUAUGCAAUGUCGCCACUCCCUCGGUCAUCUGGUGGGAGAUUUGAAUUUCGAAAAAGGUAUUCGGACUCUUCAGAUUCAAUUUUCUUGUAAACUAAGUCUUUUCUUUGCACAGAACAAGCAUUCUGAGGUUUCUGGAAAGGUAUUUAAACAGUCCACAUCGACUUGGUAUUUGUCUUUAGUGUCCCUUUAACACGGAAGACUGUGAUAUGGAAUAUUUAAAGGUAUAUAUUUUGACCCACUAGGGGCUACAAACUCCUUAAAACCCAAGAGGCAACAGGAAGCCUACACUUGCUGCUGACCAGAUAUUUGGGAAAGAUGCUAUUCAUGUGAAUUGAUUGCGUGACACCCAGAACACCCAAGGUGCAGUAGUUUUUGUACAACUUGGAGUUACAAGCUUAACUAUAUGUUAGCCACUGCACAUCUUAACCAUGGCCAAGUCACUUCAUGUGACCAGUUGGGUCCCAUUUUCAUUAUCAAAUUUUCCCCACUUGCUUGGAAUGUGUGUCACUUUUAUUUAUUGUUAGAUUCAUUGGCUACAAAUUGCUUGCACUCUUCAGGAUUAAUCUUUCCUGCAUGAAGAAGUCUCGAUUCUUAAGGGCCACACAGUUACCGCCUAGAAAUGGUGCUUUUUCUUGUGUGUUUCCUUAGGUGAUCGUAUAUUUCCUGCCAAGAAGCUGAUUUUUGCUGGUGGACUGUAGUCCAUGUGCCCAAAUGUGGGCACAUGGCUCUUAAUAAGGACACUCUUGUCACAAUAUUUUCUGCACAUUCUAAGGUUGCGUUGACUCCUAGCUAGGGUUACUGUUCUUAGCAUAUUCUGUUUUUAAAUUGCUGAUCUUGCAGUGGAAAGAAGACAUUUUGUAUUGUAUAUGCUGUUUUAUAUUUGAAUGCAAGUUUUUGUGCUUGUUUGUAUUAAAUAAAGCAUGGUUAAUGUCAGAAAGGACAUUUUUAAAGAACAA